CAUCAUUUAGUGAUUCAGUAUUUAAACUGAUUUAAAUGAGCAGAUUCGCAACAGUUAAUUUGUAGUUACAUAUAUUAUUAAACGGCAUAGUUGCGACUGUAAAUAAUGCGAUUGUGCUUCAGUCUUAAAAUAAAUCCAACGCUCAGAAUGUCCGGGAAGGAGGGAAAUGAAUCUAUUGCACAAGAAAUUCCUGGUAAAACGGAGGAAACAGGAGAAAAUAUAACGAACGAAGACGCGCCAGUCAGCCUCGAAACCAUUCCCCCCGAGACUCUUCUAGUUCGAAAUGAAGUUCACACCAUUUCCAAGGAUAAGGGAAAAAUCGAUAUAUUAUUAAAAGCAACUGGUAAUGCUCCGAUAAUGAAACAAAAAAAGUGGUCUGUUAGCCAAGAUUUCUGUAUCGGCAGAAUUUCAGAUUUUGUCAGAAGGUACCUGAAAUUGGACUCUAAUGAAAAACUGUUCCUUUACGUAAAUCAGACAUUUGCACCUGCACCAGAUCAAGCUGUCAAAAACUUGUACGACUGUUAUGGUGCAGAUGGAAAGUUAAUACUUCACUAUUGCAAAAGUCAAGCUUGGGGAUAAACCACGAAUCUUUAAACCAUACAUUUUGUCAUACUUCAACAAGUACCUAAUCCGUAUAACAUACAUAUAUCGACAGAGUUUCUGUAAAUGUUGUAAUUUAUAAUUUUAUUACAUCAGAUUUGCACGGAAACUAGUUGGAUUUCUUUACUUCAGACUUCCAAACUUAAAAUCUUUUCACAGUUCUGUAAGGUUUGAUUUCGUAAUUUUU